AAAAAUGUCAUCGUUAAUUACCUCUGGUGCAUUAACCCUUGUGGUGGUAAUAUUGAUUCUCCUUCCUUACAACAAAGUUGAUGGUGAUGAACAUGAAGAGUCAUGUUCAAGAAAGUGCGGUGUCCAUAACAUCAGCUACCCUUUCCGACUGAAAGACAGUCCCAAAAAAUGUGGUGACAAAAGGUAUACUCUAUCUUGUGAGGACAACAACCAAUUGAUUUUGUACUACAAGUUAAGAAGAUACUACAAGACUAUCGGAAAAUAUUAUGUACAAUCGAUCAAUUACAACAACUUCACCGUACGACUAUUGGAUUCCCAGCUCCCUCCUUAUUAUUAUUCACUAGGCCUGUAUAAUAUAACUUCCAAUAUAGGUUUCGUAGGAGUGCCGGACACAGAGUAUGGGUACAAUAGAUCAUUAUUGGUGAACGUAUUAUAUCUGAGAUGUCCGAAUCGAGUCCAUUAUUCUUCUGGUAUUUCCUUUGAUGAACAUGCUGCCUGUAUGAAUACGAAGAGUAUUACACAAGGCAAUUCUUUCUAUGUCAAUAUUGGACACGAUUACAAAAAUCUUUCGGAAUUGGAGCUGGGAGAUGGGUGUGGUAUAGAAUUGAUGUUUCUUACAUCUUGGCCUGUUGUUGAAGAUGAUGGUGGCAACAACAGCAACAAAAUGUCUUGUACAGAUAUUCGUCGUAUGAUGUUUUAUGGAUUUGAACUUUCUUGGCUCAAUACUCACUGCGAAGAUGGUAUGUAUCCGGAGCUUGGUUAUUAUGAUCUCUGUACAUCAGGUUUAGGGGCAGGACACAGCAAUUUAAAUGUGGCUUGGCUAUUUGUAAAAGAUAUUUUGAUUUAUUACAUAGGUCCCCUUAUUUUUAUGUUCAGCGUUUUAAAAUUUGUUGUUGGAGCGCCAUGUAUCAUUGCAUUAAUAAUCUACAAAUGGCGAAGAAAGCAUCUAUCUAUGUAUGAUGGUAUUGAAGUUUUUCUAAGCAGUGACAAUAGUAUCAUUCCUAUAAGGUACUCUUACAAAGACAUAAGAAAGAUAACAAAACAAUUCAAGACAAAAUUAGGCAGUGGAGGUUAUGGAUCUGUUUUUAAAGGACAAUUAAGGAGUGGUCGUCUUGUAGCAGUCAAAUUAUUGGAUAAUGUCAAGUCUAACGGUCAAGAUUUUGUCAAUGAAGUUGCUACCAUUGGUCAGAUUCACCACGUUAACAUUGUACAACUUAUUGGUUUUUGUGUGGAGGGUUCUAAACGUGCUCUUAUAUAUGAAUUCAUGUUAAAUGGGUCACUUGAAAAAUACAUAUUUUCUCAUAAUGAAGAGAGUAAUUCCUUGAAUUGUGAAAAAUUGCAUGCCAUUUCUCUUGGGGUGGCUAGAGGCAUUGAAUAUUUGCAUAAUGGAUGCAAUAUGAAAAUUCUACACUUUGACAUAAAGCCUCAUAACAUCCUUCUUGAUGAAAACUUUAAUCCAAAAGUAUCUGAUUUUGGACUAGCGAGACUUUGUCCUACAGAUAAAAGUAUUGUGUCAUUAACUGCAGCAAGAGGAACCAUUGGGUACAUGGCCCCUGAAUUAUUCUACAGAAAUGUUGGCACAAUAACUUACAAAGCUGAUGUCUAUAGCUUUGGGAUGUUGUUAAUGGAGAUGGCAAAUAGAAGGAAGAACUUGAAUGCAUUGGCUGAGCAAUCCAGUCAGAUAUAUAUCCCUUUUUGGGUUUAUGAUCAAUUAAAAGAUGGAAGGGAAAUAACAAUUGAGAAUGAUACAUAUCAAGAAAUGAAAUUGGCAAAGAAAAUGAUGAUUGUGGCUUUAUGGUGUAUACAAACAAAACCUAGUGAUCGUCCUUCAAUGAAUAAAGUAAUUGAGAUGCUUGAAGAAGAAGAUAGCAAUUUACAAAUGCCUAAUAAGCCUUACUUGUAUGCACAAGAUCUACCAGCUGAGGAUGUUAGAGAUGAUAGUAUUGACAGUUCAUGAUGUUCCCCUGGGAUUACGGUAACUUAUUCAAAUGAGGAUGUUGGAGAUGUUAUGUGUUAGGACUAUUACGGUAACUUAUUCCCCUGGGAGGAAAUAUUGAGAAGAAUGUGUGUGUGUGUGUGUGUGUGUGUGUGUGUGUGUGUGUGUGUGUGUGUGUUUUAUUGAAAAAUGAUCAAGUUACAUAUUUGCAUACCUGUAUAUCACAUAUAUACUAUUUCUAUUGGACAUUUACAAUAGUUUUAACCAU